AUGGUUGUAACUAUAAAAGCAAUGGGCCCGAGUCAGUCCAGGCAUUACUACAAGAAGAACAGCAAGGAGGCAAAAGAUCAAGACUCACAGGGAACUACUCCAGGAGACUCUGCUGAGAUCAUUCAACAUCUUUGAACAGAGAUUUUCACUGAAAAACUCUACAGCAACAAUCAACAUGUCUUCAGCCAAGGGUUUGUCUAUUGGCAUUGAUCUGGGCACCACCUAUUCUUGUGUCGGGGUCUUCCAGCAUGGCAAAGUGGAGAUCAUUGCCAAUGAUCAGGGCAACAGGACCACUCCCAGCUACGUGGCGUUUACCGACACAGAGAGGCUCAUUGGAGAUGCUGCCAAGAACCAAGUCGCCAUGAACCCCAGCAACACCGUCUUUGAUGCUAAACGGCUCAUCGGGAGAAAGUUCAACGACUCCACUGUCCAGUCUGACAUGAAACUCUGGCCUUUCAAGGUGAUCAAUGAUAACGGAAAGCCCAAAGUCCAGGUGGAGUAUAAAGGGGAGAACAAGGCCUUCUACCCUGAGGAGAUUUCCUCCAUGGUCCUGGUGAAAAUGAGGGAGAUUGCUGAGGCCUAUCUGGGACAGAGGGUGUCAAAUGCAGUCAUCACAGUUCCAGCUUAUUUCAACGACUCACAGAGACAGGCCACCAAAGAUGCCGGAGUGAUCGCUGGACUGAAUGUGCUGAGGAUCAUCAAUGAGCCCACAGCUGCAGCCAUUGCCUAUGGCCUGGACAAAGGCAAAAGAGGAGAACGUAACGUGCUCAUCUUUGAUCUGGGUGGGGGCACCUUUGACGUGUCCAUCCUGACCAUCGAGGAUGGCAUCUUUGAGGUGAAAGCCACCGCGGGAGACACACACCUUGGCGGGGAGGACUUUGACAACCGGAUGGUCAACCACUUUGUGGAGGAGUUUAAAAGAAAACACAAGAAGGACAUCAGCCAAAACAAGAGAGCAGUGAGGAGGCUGCGCACAGCUUGUGAGCGGGCAAAGAGGACCCUGUCAUCCAGCACCCAGGCCAGCAUUGAGAUUGACUCUUUGUUUGAAGGCAUCGACUUCUACACUUCCAUCACAAGGGCACGCUUUGAGGAGCUCAACUCGGAGCUCUUCAGGGGAACGCUGGAACCGGUUGAGAAGGCCCUGCAAGACGCCAAGCUGGAUAAGUCCAAGAUCCAUGAAAUCGUCCUGGUCGGUGGCUCCACGAGAAUUCCCAAAAUCCAGAAGCUCUUGCAGGACUUUUUCAAUGGCAGAGAACUGAACAAGAACAUCAACCCAGACGAGGCGGUGGCCUACGGUGCAGCGGUCCAGGCUGCCAUCCUCAUGGGUGACACUUCAGAGAACGUCCAAGAUCUGCUGCUGCUGGACGUGGCUCCCCUGUCUCUGGGCAUUGAGACCGCAGGAGGAGUCAUGACGCCUCUAAUCAAACGCAACACCACCAUCCCCAGCAAGCAGACCCAGAUCUUCUCCACAUAUUCAGACAACCAGCCAGGUGUACUGAUUCAGGUGUAUGAAGGGGAGAGGGCCAUGACCAAGGACAACAACCUCCUGGGCAAGUUUGAGCUCACAGGUAUCCCUCCUGCUCCCAGAGGUGUACCACAGGUGGAGGUGACUUUUGACAUCGACGCCAACGGCAUCCUGAAUGUGUCCGCCGUCGACAAAAGCACCGGCAAAGAAAACAAAAUCACCAUCACCAAUGACAAGGGCCGACUGAGCAAAGAGGAGAUAGAGCGUAUGGUGCAGGACUCUGAAAAGUACAAGGCUGAGGACGACAUGCAGAGGGAGAAGAUCACAGCGAAGAACUCACUGGAGUCUUAUGCCUACCACAUGAGGAGCAGCGUUGAGGACGAGAACAUCAAAGGAAAGAUCAGUGAGGAGGACAAAAAGAUGGUGAUUGACAAGUGCAACCAGACGAUCUCCUGGCUGGAGAACAACCAGCUGGCAGAGAAAGACGAGUACGAGCAUCAGCAGAACGAACUGGAGAAAGUGUGCAAGCCGAUUGUGACAAAGUUGUACCAGGGAGCAGCGCCUUCGGGAAGCUGUGGCAGCGAGGCAGGAGGCAGCUCUAAGGGCCCUACCAUUGAGGAAGUGGACUAAAACUGCAAGUGCCAGCAUUUUAUAUGCAGGAACACUUUAUCACUGUUGUUUGGUACCAACAAUGAUGUCAUUUUAACAUUUCCUUUUGACACGUCUUAAUAAAACACUUAAAAAAA